GGAUGUUUCCCUCUCAGUAAUUGGUGCAAUGCCGAUCGCUCUCCAGUGCGCCACCUCUCACUGUGCUAGCACGACCGAGAUCCUCCGCACUACCACGGCGGCCUGCCAGCUUCUCGCUACGCCAGUACCACGCCCUCCCGUGCUAGUACCACCUCUCGCACCACCUCGCUGCACUUUCCGCUUCCAGUCGCACCACCCUAUUCACCCACCGCCCAUCACCAUCACCUCCACCCAUCCCAUCACCAGCAUACACCACUCCAUGAAGUCCUACGAGGAGCGCCUCCGCCUCAAGAACCACUUCUUCAAGCUAGGCCAGGGCAGAAUCAUCGACACCACCCAGACCUCCUACUGGCUGCUCCUAUGGAACGAACCCCAACACUCCAAUGACAUCUACGAACUCUUGACCCCCUUCGACAUCAAGACCAUCCGCGACCAGAACAAGAUCAACUUCCUCACCUUGGUGCGUGUGCUCAGCGAGAAGGUAGUGGCCAUCGUGUCCUCCGACCAGGUGGUGCCGCAGACGCCCCAGUUGUUGAAUUGCAUCCGUUUUUUGACCAAGGUGUUACCGUUCUUGUACGAGCUUCCUGAGUACACCGACGAGAUUGAGUCCAGCCUCUUCUGGACAGCUUCUUUCGACCCAGUGCUGUUGAUCGGCAAGGAGCCGUCCACGCCACUCUCCACUGUCAAUCGCUUACAGUCCAUUCCCGAGCCAGCGGCCGGCGAUGCCUCCCGCGACGACACUGCCAUCUUGGGUCUCCAGCUUCUACGCUGCACCAUCCGGCUCCUCUUCGUCAGGGGCUUCACCCUCGACGCCAAUGGAUCCCGCAAGUCGCCCAGCACGCUCUGGGAGCCUGGAAUUGGCUCCAAUGCCGCCAAAUACAUGCCUCCCAACCUAGUGGUGGACUCCAACAGAACUGAGGUGUUGAAGUUCCUCUUGACCCUCGUGUCCACCUCGUUGUACCUGUUGCCGUCGCAGAUCAUCUACCUGGGGUCCCGGUUCUUGACACUUUUGGUGGUGGCAAUGCCUCGAGUCGAGCUCCUCACGUUGGUGUGUUCGCUCUUCAACUUGGUGUGCCGCUCGUGCCGUGCUCCCACGGUGGAAAACGGCUUGGUGCAUGCCAACACCGACUUGAUCGACCUGCGCUACUUGUGCAUCACCUACUCGUGCCAAUUAUUGACGUUGAUGAUUGGUUAUCCAUUGCCGUCCUCCGAGCACUUGACGUUCAUGUCCGACCUCCAGGUGCUCUCAAGCCCCAGGCCUGCCAACUUGGUCAGGCUCUAUAUCGGCAAGUUGCACAAGGACUCCGAGUUGUUGUUGAUAUACUCGUCGUUGAUCAGCAUCUUGAAACUCCCCAUCCAGAAGCACGCAGAAGACGCUGGCUCGUUCUCGUUAGUCAAGGCAUCCGCCAUGCCCUCUCUCUGGGCCACAGAGACCUUGAUGCUCAUAUGGGAGCUCCUCCAGUGCAACAAAAAUUUCCGGGCCUUGGUGGCCUCAAAGUACCUGGACGAGUUGUUGGUCGUUUUGAUGUACUAUUUGGUCACUUACCACUCGUCUCCUGCUCACACAAACAUGGUGAGGACGUGCUCGUAUUUGAUCCUUUACAUCAGCUCGGACCCCAAGCUCGUUGAGCUCUCGUACACCCCCAUUCGUGAGGGAUUCUACCAGUCGUUACCGCAAGACUUCAAGACCAACCCUCGCCCCGUGACAACAAGAGACUUCAUUGCCACGCACAUAGCAACAUUGAUAGACAGCACCAUUUCAGCCAACACAUCCAACAGAACCGGGGUGACUCCACCCAUGUCAGAUUUGUUGAUGCUCACCUUGGUGGAGACGCUCUACAAUAUAAUUUCUACGGUAGCGGUCAGGGACUUGAAGUCCACCAACGAGGAAAUUAAGAAGAUGAGCAACUUCAACGCCAAAGGCGGAUUGAGCUACUCCAGCAGUUGGACGCUUACCCAAGUUUUGGUCAAACUCAGUACCCCGGAAUUCUUGAAGGAAAAACCAUUUAAUGCUGACUUGUUGGCACUCUUAGUGAGGGGAAUCUGCAAUGCCAUUCUUAAAAACCCCCAAGCAUCCAGGAUGCUCUUGUUUUCCAUUCUCAAGAAUGAAAAAGUCUACGAUAACAUUUGGAAUACCAUCAAUAGUUUUGAAAGAGAGGAGGAGGAGGAAGAAGAAGAAGAAGACACAACACAGCAAGCACAGGAGGACGAAGUAGAACAGAGAUUAGAUGAGAUAUCAUUCCAGGGGGAUAAUUCCAGUAUCUCCUCGCUUGAUGUGGAUUCACAGACCCCAGGCUCCAACAUCCAAUCAAAUAGAACUUCCAUCAUAAGUCUAUCCUCAGAAGCACAAGUUCCAGUUCCAAACCUCGACUACAAAGCAAUUGAAGAGUCGUUGAGGUCAAAACCACCCACUGGAAUGUCAGAAAGAGCCCGUGAAAAAUUACCCAUGAAUAGUCCAUUGAAGAGAACAUGGGGUGGUAAGGAUGCCCUCAGAGUCAUCUUGACCAUGGUGAUUCCUUACUUGAAAGAGUCCCUUCAAGAAUUAUGGAACCCUAUCACAGGAUCCAAGGUGGAUUCGUGGCAGAUUGUAAGAAGUAUUGAGCAGAUUGACUUUGAUCAAAUCAUGACAAGGCACAGGUCUCAGAUCAAUAAUGACUUCUUACCGGAAACCUCAUUUGAGUCAUUGAAGUUCACCUGGAGUCAUUUGUCUUUGGGAUGGUACCUUUCAUUGCUCUAUGGCGACAUCUAUAAUGCAAUCAACUUGGUCAAAAAUUACACUGGUGGUAAUAAUAAGAUCAUGAAAAACAUCACUUCAUCGUUGGCUUCGGUAAGCAAGAUAACAUCAUCGUGGACCAGUUUCAUCAAGAGUGGCUCAUCUGCAGCAGCAUCGCAGCCCAAUGACUUGGAGCGAGUGAACGAAUGGGUGCAAAAUUCGGCCACGACCAUCAACCACUGGGCCUCCACGGGAAUCAAGUUGUUCAGGAUCGAAAGCACGAGCGACGGGAUUUUUGGCAGAGGUCCAGGGACUCCUGGAAGCAUGGCUAACCACUUGGUGCGAAGAUUCAGCGACUUCAAAGUGAAUAAUGCCAGCAGAAACAGCGUCAGCUCAGGAUUGAGCACGCCCAUCGAGGAGCAAGAGGCCACCUUUGGUAGGUAUCAUCGGGCUUCCAUUUCAUCGUUACACUCGUUGAACACUUUGAAUCGGUCGCGAAGCAACACUCCUAGAAACUCGAUCAGUAUGUAGCGAUUAUAGAAACAUAUACGAUUGACUACAAAUAGC